UGGCAAUGUACAGCACAAGCACGGGAACCGAUUCCUCCUCUCCUGCACUUCCCCCAAUGGACUCGGGGCUUCUCUCCCUCUCUCUAGACUCGGAACUGCUCCCUCUCUCUCUCUCUCUCUCUCUCUCUCUCUCGCUCCCGUCUCACACACAAACCCAGAAGCAGAGGAAGAAGAAUUGCCAGAAAGGAAAAUCCUUGUUCAGUCGUCUUCUACGAUAUUCUCCAUGUUUCUCAGUGUUCUAGCCUUGCUCGCUUCAGAAGAACAUUAAUAAAACAUGGCCUGCAUGCAGCUGGGCACUAAAUCUGAACAAUUUCAUCGCGAAGGUCAUAACUGGCUUUGCACGACUGGGCUUCCAAGCGAUGUUACUGUUGAAAUUGGAGAAAUGUCCUUUCAUCUUCACAAGUUUCCUUUGCUUUCAAGGAGUGGGCUAUUAGAAAAGCUUACUGAAGAAUUUUCAUGUGAGGAUGGAUCAAGUUGUGUUUUGCAGCUUCAUGACCUACCUGGUGGAGCUAAAGCAUUUGAGCUUGUGGCCAAAUUUUGUUAUGGUGUUAAAAUAGAGCUGAGUGCUUUGAAUGUUGUCAGCCUUAGGUGUGCUGCUGAGUACCUUAGGAUGAGUGAAGACUAUGGAGAGGGAAAUCUCAUUGCACAAACAGAGGCCUUCCUUAAUGAAGUUUUUGGUAAUUGGCCAGACUCAAUAAAAGCUCUUGAAUCAUGUGAAGUUGUUCUAGCAUAUGCAGAAGAGCUACACUUUGUUUCAAGAUGCAUCAACUCCUUGGCAGUGAAAGCUUGUGCAGACCCAUGCUUAGUUGGCUUGCCUGUUUCAGGGCAGAACAACACGCAGAGCCCAGGUGGCACUGUAUUGUGGAAUGGAAUAUCUACCACAACAAAGUCACAAUCAGUUAAUAAUGAUUGGUGGUAUGGGGAUGUGGCCUUCCUUAACUUACCUCUGUAUAAACGGCUGAUCCAAGCCAUUGAGAUGAAAGGAAUGAAACCUGAGUGCAUUGCUGGGUCUCUCAUUUUCUAUGCUAAGAGAUAUCUUCCACUGAUGAAUAGACAAUCAAGCUUCAAGGACACAAACCAUGUCAACCCGGGGACAACAAUUUCCACCCCUUCUGAGGCAGAUCAAAGAGCUCUCCUCGAAGAGAUUGUGGGGUUACUUCCAAAGCAGAAGGGAGUCACAUCGACGAAGUUUUUGAUUAGGCUGCUCCGAACUGCUAUGAUAUUACAUGCAAGUCCAUCAUGUAGAGAAAGUUUGGAGAAAAGAGUGGGUGCUCAGUUGGACCAAGCUGCUCUGGAAGACCUUCUUAUACCAAAUAUGGGCUAUUCAGUGGAGACCCUGCAUGAUAUAGACUGCGUUCAGAGGAUUCUUGAUCAUUUCAUGUCGGCUGAUCAGACGAUUGCCACAUCAUUGUCUCCAUGUACAAUUGAAGAGGAGCAGUUGGCUGAUGGGGCCCACUCCCUGAAUCCAAUUACUAUGGUGGCCAGUUUGGUGGAUGGAUAUCUUGCUGAGGUGGCACCAGAUGUUAAUCUGAAGCUCCCAAAGUUUCAGUCGCUUGCUGCUGUUAUCCCCGAGUAUGCUAGACCACUUGAUGAUGGCAUGUAUCAUGCAAUCGAUAUAUACCUGAAGGCACAUCCGUGGCUUACAGAUUCUGAGAGGGAGCAAAUGUGUAGACUGAUGAACUGUCAGAAGCUGUCGUUGGAGGCUAGCACCCAUGCAGCACAGAAUGAGAGGCUACCUCUCCGAGUAAUUGUCCAAGUUCUGUUCUUUGAACAGCUUCGGCUCCGAACAUCAAUUUCUGGAUGGUUCUUUGUCUCUGACAAUCUUGAAAAUUCACAAAAUCCCGGUAGAAACCUUGCAUUCCCUGUGAACAGUGGGUCUGACCUAGAUGACCCUGCACAUGAUCAAGUCAUGGGUGUUGAUGUCAUGAGGGAACGUGUUUUUAAGCUUGAAAAGGAGUGUUUGAGCAUGAAACAAGAGAUCCAGAAGCUGACAAAGAUGAAUAGAAGUUGGAAUAUUUUUCCCAAAAGGUUUGGUUUUGGAUUAAAAUCUCAGCCUCGCAAUUCCAAAGCAUCAUCACAUUGUGAAUUAAUAGAACAAUCAUCAUAUGAAUGGGCAAAAAGGUCCAAAAAAUUGUGAGCUUGCUGUCUGAAGUAUGAAGGUCCACCUAAUGGGCUAGCACAACAUUUUUUCAUUUCUUUGUUUUCUUCCCAGUACCCAUUGAAUCCUCGAGACUCCUGAUUCUUUAUUCAUUGAAUGGAUAAUAAUUGAAUUGCUGUUUAGGGCUUAGAAGGUAAGUUCUAACUCAGUUUUCUCACAUAUCAUUUGCACAUUGUUGUAAGUUUUAGAUUAAAUUGAAGAGGACAAAACGACAUUGAGAUUAGUGGUUAUGCACUCAUUUAUGUGAUUUCUUACACAGUUUGUAAACAAAUCAGAAUAGAUGUUGGCCUCUUCAAGGCCAUUAUUUCAGAUAUCUUGUUCACCA